AACACAACCAGGAGGACUUUGAGUCGGAUAGCAGAAGCGCUAUCCGACGCUAGCUGCCGACCGCACCGAUGAUCGGGUGAAGUCCUUCGUCGCGCCGCCGAUCGCUGGACCGCAGGAAAAGCAGAGCAGGAUUCUAUCCUGUCAAAAACCCAAGCAAUGGUAUUUCCAGAAUCCAAGGAUGGGCAAACAAGUGGUCCAGAGCAGAAAAGACCCAUCCAAAAGCAACACUUACCAAACCAUCUUAUCCCUAAACGGAAUAUUUUACCGGUCAACACAAGUGUCAAUUAUGAACCUGAGGACUACACUGAGACGGACCCGUUACUCCCUAAUGAGCACUUCAGUGGGUCAAGACUCAGUGGAUCUGAGGAGGCCAAGAUGUCGCAUGGUGCAGAGGUACCCCCAGAGUCAGUCUACUUCAUGGUGCUGCAGAUACUGGUGCCAUUCCUUCUGGCUGGGCUGGGUACGGUCGCAGCUGGCUUGCUGCUUGAUGUGGUUCAGAACUGGGACGUGUUCCAGGAAAUCACGGAGAUCUUCAUUCUGCUUCCUGCUGUGUUGGGCAUGAAGGGCAAUCUAGAAAUGACUCUCGCCUCUAGACUGUCUACUGCAGUGAAUGCAGGAAGAAUGGAGCUUGCCAAAGAGAAAUGGAUGUUGAUCAUUGGCAACCUGGCACUCAAGCAGCUCCAAGCCACUGUUCUUGGCCUUUUAGCCUCCCUAAUGGCGAUUGUGUUGGGCUGGAUUGCUGAGGGACAGAUGCCCUUUAACCAUGUGAUUCUUGUGUGUUCAACCAGUCUUUCUACCACAUUCGUGGCUUCAGUGCUGCAAGGCUUCAUAAUGGUGGGAGUGAUUAUUGGUUCCAAGAGGAUGGGUGUCAAUCCUGACAACGUGGCCACACCCAUGGCAGCCAGCUUUGGAGACCUCAUCACUCUUGCUUUUCUGGCCUGCUUCAGUCGAUGGUUCUUCUCCAUCAUAGAGCUGUAUUCCUACGUGUUGUACCUCAUCGAUCUGUUCUUGCUGUGCUUGAUCCCCCUGUGGAUUGUGGUGUCAUCCAAACACCCUGCGAGUCGCAUUCUGCUUCGUACUGGUUGGGAGCCCAUCGUAACAGCAAUGUUCAUCAGCAGUAUUGGUGGACUUAUUUUGGACAAGACGAUGUCAGAUCCAAACAUGGCAGGAAUCAUACUUUAUGCUCCAGUCAUCAAUGGUAUUGGAGGCAACCUCGUCUCCAUACAAUCCAGCCGCAUUUCCACCAACUUGCAUUUGAAUUUCUCACCUCGGGAGGUUCCUGAAGAUCGUAGGAGUUGUUACAACCCUUGCAGCACCUUUUUUGGUUCAGGACCAAAUCGCAAAUCUGCAAAGGUUCUUCUUCUGAUGGUCCUUCCUGGUCAGUUGGUUUUCUUGUACGCAAUUCACCUGAUAAAAGGAGCCCACACAAUGCCCAGCCCUCUUUUCACAGUUGCCUUCUUGUCAGCUUCGCUCAUUCAGGUCCUCUCCUUGCUGUGUAUCGCUGACUGCAUGGUGCACUCCUUAUGGAGGAGGGGUAAAGACCCUGACAGUUACUCUAUACCCUAUCUCACUGCUCUUGGUGAUCUAUUAGGGACUGCUCUCCUUUCCCUUGCCUUCUUAUUACUUUGGUGCACUGGAUAUAGUGUAUGAGUUCAGAGGAAUAUGUACAAAUGAAAUGUCUGUGUGUGUGUG